GAAAAGAUAUCAACAAAAGUUCGCCAUUAAUUGAUGAUAAUGGUAAAGUUGACAAAGGAAAGGAAUCACCUAUAGAUCAUGGUUGGGCAUGGGUUAUUAUGUUUGCAUGUUUCAUGACCAAUACCUUGUGUAUGGGUUAUAUAAGAACGUUUGGAAUUUUAUUUGUGGAAUACCGAGAAAGAUUUGAGACAUCUGCAGUGACGACAGCUUUAACUAUGGGGUUUAGCUGUGGAGUACAAUCUAUAACAGCUCUAUUGGUACAUAAUAUUAUAUUAGAAUUUAUAACUGUUCGAUCAGUAGUAGCUGUAGGGGGAUUUAUUUAUGGUAUCAAUGUUAUUUUAAAGGUGUUUGCAUCUGACAUAACUUAUGUUAUACUGACAGAGUGUAUAUUAGCAGGUGCUGCUCAUGGAAUGGUAUUCAGUCCAACCUUUGUAAUAUUAGGUCAAUAUUUUAAUAAAUACCGUUCCUUUGCCACAGCUUUUGCCACCUGUGGAUCCAGUUUAGGAGGUAUGCUGUUUGCACCUAUGUUAAACUAUCUACUGGAUACAGAAGGAUAUAGUGGGGCUUUAUUAAUAUACGGUGGUCUAAUGUUUAAUAUUAUUCCAUUUGCUUGUUUAUUUCGUCCGUUAAAACCUAAAGAAAUGCAAACAGAUGAGGAAUGCUCUGAAACAGCUGUCACUAUUGAUGCUACUCUCGCAGUGGCGGACGUUGGUUCUUUCUAUGGCUUAAAUCUUAUUGCCGGUCGCUCAACCCUUGUGGCACCCAAAAUAUUAAGCAACAGCGAAAAUAAUAUUGUUGUUGAUAAAAGAUUUCCUUUAGAUAAAAAUUUGGACGAAUCUAUAUCUAAAUCGGCCAGUGUUUCUCAUAUUAACAAAGUUAUACUCCUAGAUAGUGUGUUACAAUUAAGUGUUCAAAAUCGAAGAAUCGUGGACCAGGAAAAGGAUAAGAGUGAAAUAGUAACCAAAUCCAUUCCAGGACUUUUUCUAAAGCUCAUCAGAGUGUUUGACUUCAGAUUAUUCCAAGACUAUCGUUUCCUGAUCAUAUCGGCCUUUACAUUCUUUGGACCAAUUGCAGUUGGUACCGGGGGCCUUUUAUUACCGCCUCUAAAUAAAGAGAUGGGUCUACACAGUACUCAAUCCUCCAACCUCCUCAUGGUGCUAGCAGCAGUUGAUCUAUGUAGUAGAUUUAUCAUUGGAAUAAUAGCUGAUAAAAACUGGAUAAGAAAACAGAAUAUUGUGAUUAUAUCGUUGAUUAUUCUCGGGGUUUCUUUUCAAUUUGUUGGAUUUUGUACAGAUUUCCCCCGGCUUGUGGUGUUUACAGUAGUGAUGGGGUUAUUUUCUGGUGCUUAUUUUGCGUUAUUAACUGUCAUAUUGAUAGAUAUAGUGGGAUUAGCUAAAUUAAGUCCUGUGUUAGGUUUUGUGCAGCUGUAUGGUGGAAUAUCUAGUGUAGCAAUGUUUCCAUUAUUAGGUCUAUUACGGGAUGUGACAGGGAGCUAUGUUGCUGCCUAUCAGUUUCUCGGUGCUACUGCCUUUGUUACUGCUCUAAUUUUAUUAAUGGAACCACUAGUAAGACGCCAUCGUAAAAAGGCAAAGGCAACUCCCGGCAUUAGUGUGGCGAAAAUAGAAGAUGAUGAUUGAAAAGGCUGUUUGGUGUACCCGAUUUCAUUCAUUUUAACAAUAAUAUCCACAUGAACAUGUUGUCGAGAAUGUCUGAUCAUGGUAUCCAUGUAAAUAAAAAAUGCUUUCUUGGUUUGGAUAUUCAGGUUCGAACUGACAUCCUUUCAGUUUCAUUUUACAACUCCUCGUCUUCUGAAGAAGACAAUAUAUAGUCACACCCGGAACUCGUGGGUAGGCGUUACGGUUCAACCAUAGUAAAGAUCUGUACUUAUUUGUAAUCUGUUUAAUCUAUGUAAAACUGGUGGACAACAUUAUCCUUUAAGAUUGAGGUUAUUCGGUGUCAUCGUAUUUUCAAUCCAGAAUUUGAAGAUUUUGUAAAAUAAGUGUCUCUUAAACGAUUUAAUUAUAUGUUAAACCGUGUAGAGCAAUAAAUUAAUAUACGGUCCAGGAGUUUCACCUUCUACCAACGAUCUCGUUAGUUCGAAAUAAGACGAGUUUCUACUCGUAUGUAAUUAAAAUCUUUCUGUUUUAAUUUAAAUCUUGUGAUACCAAAACAGUAUUUGCAGUCCAGAGCAGAGCUGGGGACAGGUGGACAAAUUAGCAUGAGCCUACCACAAAUUAGCAUGAGUUCGACUUCCCCCACCAGGUAGAGACAAAUGGUGCGCCUUUGAUUAAAAUGAUUUUUAAUUUCAAAAAUCGGAAAAGUACACAACGAUUAUGAGCGCCCAUUAUGGUCAAACAUCCGACAAUGAAGUCUCAAAUUUUCAUAACGAUAUAUUUUAUUUUUGAAACGUUUAUAUUGAAAUAUAUUAUGA